AUGCUGGCAACACGCGACGUCAAACAUACCGCCGAGGAUCAAAUGUCACGUCUCUACGUUCCCUCUGAAGCCAAAUCCCAGUGGAUGCACUAUCAAAACAUGGCACACGAAAGCCCAGAUCUCCAUCUGGUGGUAGAAACGCUGCCACCAGUCGGUGAGCUCACGCGCGAAGCAUACCUCGAAAUCAGUCGGAAGCCUGGUUUGUUGGCUCUGGAUGUCGAUCAUGCUCCCACAGACGGGACGUGCGGCAUACGAGCCGUGCCAUUUGUUGUCCCCGGUGGCUGGUUCAACGAGUUCUUCGGUUGGGACAGUUACUUCAUCUCUAUCGGGCUCCUUCUCGACGACAGGACGGACCUCGUGCAGGGUGUAGUUCGGAAUUGGAUAUUUGAGAUUGAACACUAUGGUCUCAUUCCCAACGCAAACCGCUCCUAUCUCAUGCUACGUUCUCAGCCCCCCUUUCUGACGGACCUGUGCCUGCGACUCUACCAUGCGACUGAGACAUCCGAUCCCAAGGCAAAAGAAUUUCUCAAAAGAGGCAUCAAAGCCGCCAUCAAGGAAUACCACUUGGUGUGGAUGACACCCCCUAGGCUCGACAAGGAAACGGGGCUGUCCCGGUACUGGCCAGGCGGUGUCGGCGUGCCUCCCGAGGUUGAGCUUGACUUUUUUGCUCCAGUCCUGAAGCCGUUCGCCGACAAGUACGGCACUACCUGCGAAAAGGUUGUUGAACUUUUCAAUGCGGGAGAAAUAGACGAGCCAGAAUUGGAGGCCUACUUUCUGCACGAUCGUGCCACUCGCGAGUCCGGUCACGACACCCAGAACAGGCUGGAGAACAAGACAGCCGACCUCGCCAUCAUCGACCUCAACUGUUUGCUAUACAAGUUCGAAACGGAUAUUGCCUUUGCCAUUCACACAGUUUUCCAGGAUGACUUUGGAGAGUCGGAAAAUAGGCCGGAGUCAGAGUUCGAAUGCGACCUUUGGUCGUCGACGUGGCAUGCUCGCGCGGAGGCCCGAAAGGCGGCCAUUGACAGGUACCUGUGGAACGAGGAUCGAGGCAUCUACGUGGAUUACAAUACACGAACCAAGAGGCAAGAAGCGGCUGAAUCGGCCACCACGCUCUGGUCGAUGUGGUGUGGUGUUGCCAGCCCUCGACAGGCUGAUUUGGUGGUGAAAAGGGGACUCCCUCUAUUUGAAUGCGUUGGUGGGCUGGCAUCAAGCAGCAAAGCGACCGGUUUCAUGAACACGACGCGCCCCUAUCAAUGCCAGUGGGAUUACCCUCAUGGCUGGGCACCACAUCAGAUGAUGGCGUGGGACGGCCUGGUGCGUUACGGAUAUACAGAGGUAGCCAGCCGAUUGGCGUACAAAUGGCUGCAUACCAUCUUACGAGUGUUUGUAGACCACAGCGGUGCGGUGCUGGAGAAAUACGACGUAACCAGGACGACGGAUCCGCAUCUUGUCGACACCGAAUACCCCAAUCAGGGGCUGCAGUUUGAAGGAUACGCCAAGGAAGGCUUUGGAUGGACAAACGCCAGCUUCGCCUACGGUCUCCUUUUUGUAAACUCGCGGAUGAAACAUGCACUGGGCAUACCAGUCCCUUUCGACAUCCUAGAGGGGCUUUAA